CUGAUGACGUAAUGAAUCUACUCUGGCGGAAUUCCUUCUCCCUCUGAUAUCCCAGAAUUCACAGCGUGACCUGCAGUAUUGACAAAGAAAAGAACGACAGAAAACAGGGUGGGCUCUGCAAAACAAUACCCCCAAAAUUUGACGACAAUAAGGGUGCAGCAUUACGUUAUCCUGCUAAGAAGCUGAGGGUGAGUGGGAAGGGCCAUCUGCACGUGAAGGGAGGUUACAAACCUGCAGAGCUUCCAGAGAGAAGGCCCUGACAGACACCUCUUCAGAGCUUCCAGAGAGAGGGCCCUGACAGGCACCUCUUCAGAGCUUCCAGAGAGAGGGCCCUGCCAGACACCUCUUCAGAGCUUCCAGAGAGAGGGCCCUGCCAGACACACCUGCAGAGCUUCCAGAGAGAGGGCCCUGCCAGACACACCUGCAGAGCUUCCAGAGAGAGGGCCCUGCCAGACACCUCUUCAGAGCUUCCAGAGAGAGGGCCCUGCCAGACACACCUGCAGAGCUUCCAGAGAGAGGGCCCUGCCAGACACAUAGGACGAGAGAAAGGGACUGGGGAGUGAGCUCAGCUGGAGCCAAUGCAGCAGCAGAGUGGACAGCCUGAGCUAGUGGAAGGAAGCCUUCCCGUGUUCGUGUUCCCCACAGAGCUUGUCUUCUACGCGGACGAGCAGACCUCCCACAAGCAGGUUCUCACCCUCUACAACCCCUAUGAGUUCGCCCUCAAGUUCAAAGUGCUAUGCACAGCGCCCAACAAGUAUACCGUGGUGGAUGCCACCGGAGCCGUCAAACCACAGUGCUGUGUUGACAUAGUGAUUCGACACAAAGAUGUGCGGGCCUGUCACUAUGGGGUGUCUGAUAAGUUCCGGCUGCAGGUGUCUGAGCAGAGCCAGAGGAAGGCCCUGGGCCGGAAGGAAGUGACGGCCACUCUGAGGCCCUCGGCUGCCCAGGAGCCCUCUAGCCCCCGGCCCCAGGAGGAGGAGCGACAGAUGAGGGAACAGCUAGCAGACAGCGUCUUCUUUGAGCAGACCACCUUCCAGACAGAGAGCCGCUCUCAGUCUGGGGGCCCAAGCCUGCUGACGGUGCUGUUGGGGUUGGUGUGUAUGGCUGCCCUCAUGCUGCCCACCCUGGGGGAGCAAGAAUCCACCGUGCCUGUCUACCUCCACUUAAGUGUUACCAAGAAACUUGUAGCUGCUUACGUUCUAGGUCUUCUUACAAUGGUUAUCCUGCGUACAUGAAGUGCUAUGGGGGCUGGAAAGAGAGAACGAGGAGAAGAGGAUACAAAAGAGAAGAGAACAUUCACUCACCCAAGGCAACUACAUGCUUGAAAGGGUAGUGUUGAGGGGGAGGGGGUAUCCGGUCAAUUCCCCCUUCCUCUGUCCCAAAAACAUACAUCUAAUUGUUUUGAAAUAAAAACAUAAUACUGACUGAAACAAAGCAAGAGACCUCUGAUGCAGCGGGCACAGAAAUAACAUUCUGGAAGGAGGGCAUUGUGUGGGUCUGCGGCUGUUGUAGGAAGGGUUUGUAUAAAAACACGUGGGUCAUUAAAUUGUGUUUGACUUCA